CAAACUUAAUCAAUCAAUCAAAGGAAACUAACAAUAUGUCUUCAGAAGCAAAUAAAAUGGAGGCAAACAUAUUGACACCGACUCAGAAAUACGCAGGGGCGGCUCUGUUCGCUUUGGCACUUCACCAGUCACAAAACCACCAGACCAAUCCUUCCAACCCUCUCCUCUCUCUCGACCUCGAGCCAGUGGGCCAAGCCGACGUCACCACCACCAAGACUUCUACCUCCGUCUCCGAAAAGCCCCAAUUGUGGAUCCAUCAGGAAUCCGGCUUGCUCCUCCCCAUUUUCAGCUUCCUGGGAGUAGAGCUUGAGGCAUGGGAUGGGCUGAAGGAAACCGCCGGCACUUCUACCCAAUUGAGGCAUCAUAUUGGAUCGUACAUGAAAUUGUUGUCGGAGGAUAGGGAUGGGUCAAUGGAGAGGCUGGGAAAGGAACAAGCCUUGACCAAGAACGUUGACGCCACUGUGCAAGCCAUGGACAAGUCCCCUGCCUCUGCCGGGGAUAUGAAGACUCAGCAAAGCAACAUCUCGCCACUGGGCGUGACGGCGGCCGGGCCGGCAAAUGCGCUGGUGAAGACAGGCGUCGUGGGGGCCGAGAUGGCAAUGGACGAGGUGAAAGUAGUGAGCUACCAAAGGAAAGUUACCGUCCUCUAUGAGCUACUCUCGGCUUGCCUUGCUGAUAAGGUGAAAGAGAACAGUAAAUUCUUCAAACAGAGGGAAGGCUACGAUGCUCGCCACAGGGUUGCUCUCAGGCUUUUGGCCUGCUGGCUUGCCAUCAAUUGGAAUGAAAUGGAAGCAAUGGAGACAAUGGUUUCAAGCUCCUUGAUGGAGCUGCUGGCAAAGGCGAACGAAGGUGACAAGACCAUCACGGAGGGCGCGUGGGAGAAAAGCAAGCGCGUGGGGAUGGUCAGCGCCGCCGCUUUGACCGGUGGAGCGCUCAUGGCCGUCACCGGCGGCCUUGCUGCUCCCGCAAUUGCACAUGGAGUGGCUGCACUCGCCCCUGCCAUUGGAGGUGCUCUUGCUAGCACUACAGGAUCCGUUGCCGUUGCUGCUUCAUUUGGAGCGGCUGGAAUGAGCCUGACGGGGACCAAAAUGGCAAAACGAGUUGGAGGGCUCGAGGAAUUCGAGAUUGAAGCACAUGGAGACAGCGCCAAUCAAGGCCGCCUAGGAGUUGAGAUCUUCAUGAACGGGUACGUGCUCAACGAGAAUGAUUUCAAGAAGCCAUUUGAAGGCAUCAAUGACAACAUGGAGAGGUACACCGUGCGGUGGGAGUCGAAGAACUUGAUCGAGUUCAGCACUGCUGUAGAGGACUGGCUUUCUUCGAAGGUUGCAAUGGAGAUGAUGAAACAAGGUGCAAUGUUGACUGUGCUUAGCACCCUAGUCGUGGCACUAGCUCUGCCGGCAGCCAUGCUCGGAGCUACUGAGCUCAUCGACACAAAAUGGGCAGUCGCUACUGAUAGAGCUGAUAAAGCAGGACUGAUGCUUGCUGAGGUGUUGCUGAAUGGAAUGCACGGCAACAGGCCUGUUACACUGAUCGGCAACUCGCUUGGAGCUCGAUCUAUCUUCAAGUGCCUGCAACAUCUCGCUACCUCACCCGGUGACAAUGGUGGAUUGGUGGAAAGGGUGGUCCUUCUUGGUGCACCGGUUGCAAUCCAAGGCGAAAAAUGGGAACUUGCCAGAAAGAUGGUGGCUGGGAGGUUUGUGAAUGUGUACUCAACAAAUGACUGGACGCUAGGGGUUACAUUCCGGGCCAGUCUGGUUUCCACAGGGUUGGCUGGGAUUCAACCUGUUGAAGUUCCUGGAAUUGAGAAUAUCGAUGUAACGGAGUUGAUUCAGGGACACACCAUGUACUUGGCGAAGACGAGGGAGAUCCUGCAGCAGGUUGAGCUGGAGAGUUGCUACUCUGUUGCCAACAAAACCUGCUCCAAGGCCAAAACCAGCUAAACAAAUAAAUCUUCGUUCUAAGUGGUUGAGUACUUGAUGUAUACUUACAGUCCAAGAGUUUUCUAUUUUGACAUUUUCUUUGAGUAAAUAAAAAUAACCUAUUGUGUGGUGGGGAGGGUUUUUUGGCCCAUUUUUUUGGGGUUAAUCAAUGGGUAGUAGCUAGGUGAGGUAAAAGUGGGAGCAGAAAGAUAUGUUAAUAUGUUUUUCUACUUUCUACCAUCUUUUAAGCAAUAAAUGAUAUGCUUUAGACUUGUUGGAAAAGCCACUUUCAUGGCUACUUGAUUAUUAAUUAUUAUCAUUGUGUGUUUUCUCUCAAGCAAUUAUGCCCCAAGCCCCCAAGAAAGGGCAAGAGAAAUGGGUAAUUCCAAAUCAUAUAUAGUACAUUUCAAUUCCAUGUUUCUAUUCAGUUGGAUCGG